AUGGACACCGAUAGCGCACUGCUGGCUUGGCUGAGACAAGCUACACGGAGCGACAUUGAUGAGCUCAGCGAUCUGGCAGAUGGUCAUGCACUCAAUGCGCUCCUUCUGCGCCUCGACUUGCAGCCAUACCAAUUCAGAGCCUACGGGAACGAACCCUCACGAGAGUCCUAUGCCAAGCUUAAGGCGGUGUUUGACUGCCUCGUUGCCUUUCUCAGCAACGAGCUUUCAUGGAUCUUGAACGAAUUCGAGCCAGACGUAGAAGCGGCAGCGAAAGGGAACGCGACAGCGCUCAGCCAAUUGGCUUCGUUGGCUCUGGCCUGCUCUGUCCAGUCGAGGUCCGCACAGCAGCACGUAGAGAUUAUACAAUCGCUCGAUGAAGACAGUCAGAAUGCGCUCAAAAGCGCCAUAGAGGCGAUCAUGGCCCAUCUAUCGCUGAAGCCAGGCGCGCCCAACAGCCCAUCGCCUUCUGCUUUGCCCGUCCUUUUGGGCACUCAGCAGUCUCGCGCGAUGGACAGUCUACGCGAGGACCAUGAUGCUUUACUUCUCGAACACGACAACCUCAGCAAGGAGCUCGCCGAAGUCAGAGAGACGGCAGAAACGAUUGCGCGAACGCGGUCGAACGAGGACGAAAGAGCGAGAAGCAAAAUAUUGGCUGCAGAAGCAGAGAUUGCCGCAUUGGCGAUCAAGCUUGCUGCUGAAAGUCAGACAACCGCAGAUCUCAACAAGCGUGUCUCUGAAUUGGCAGACAAGGCUGCUCGAGCAGAUAAGCUUCAAGACGAGCUGGACGAGAAUCGCGCUGCUCGGACUCAGCUCGUAAAGCAAGAGGCAGCGCUCGCGACACUGCGAGCACACUUGUCGAAAGCCAACGAACUUGCUGCCAAGGCGAAGGCGAAUGAAGGCGCUGCACAAACUCUUCGGGAAGAGCAAGAUAGAAACGAUGCCUCUCGUGCGACCGGCCAGCGAACCCGUGAGGCGCUCGACAGUAUGACAAUACAGCUCCGCAUAGAGACAGCUCGUAACGAGACGCUAGCGAACGAGGUCUCGGCGCUCAGGGGAGAGCUGGAGGCCAUGACCGUGCGCAAGACACAAGCAGAGACCGAAGCGCAGCAAGCAACGGCGCGAUUGCUUUCGCUCGACACGCAGCCACCCAGUCCGUCCCAUCCGACCUGGCAAGGCAACAACGCACUAGGCGCAGAGCUCGCCCUUGCUUCACAUUCUCUCCGACCCGCUCGGAGCUUUUCUGGUUCAUCAGAUGUUGCCGUUGACUUCAGCCUGAAGAAUGACCAGCUAGAUCAACUUCGGCGAGAAUGCUUGCAACAACGACAAGCUCGACUGGCAGCUGAGAAAGUGCUCGAAAUCAUUAGCAGUGGUACAUCAACUCAUGGCGAUGGAGCGGAAGCCAACGAAGCGCUUCGGUAUCGACUCACUAGCAAAGUCGCCGAAGCCGACAGGUCUGACGAGGCUACCGAUAGUGAGCUGCGUGCGAGGAUAGGGACUCUGACGGACCAGUUGAACGACCUGUUGCUCGAUAAGCUGGAAGUGUCGGAAUCGUCUUCGCGUCUAAAGGAUCGUCUGCUUGAUCUGCAAAGCAAUGAUGACGCAGUUACGCUGAAGAUGAAGACUGUCCAGCUCGAAGAGCAGCUCAAGCAAGCAAAGAUCGAGAAACGGCAGAUGAUCGAAACCUGGCAUCGCAUGGCACUUCGUCAUGUGCAAUCUGUCAGCGCGGAGCCCACAGCAAGUUGGCUGUCGCAGCAACGCCAGCUACUGUAG